UAUCAACCAACAUGGGAAUCAAUUGACAGUAGACCGCUUCCUGCUUGGUAUGACCAUGGUAAAUUGGGAAUUUUCAUUCAUUGGGGAGUAUUUUCUGUCCCCAGUGCUGGUUUUAAUUCUCAAUCAGAAUGGUUUUGGACGUACUGGAGACAAGAAAAAUUACCUGCAUACGUGAAUUUUAUGAAAAAUAACUACCGACCAGAUUUUACCUACGCAGAUUUCGCCAGAGACUUCACAGCAGAAUUCUUCGACCCAAACGCAUGGGCCGAACUAUUCCAGUCGUCUGGAGCAGACUACAUUGUUUUUACGAGUAAACAUGGCGAAGGUUUCACAAACUGGCCGUCCAAUAUAUCAUUCAAUUGGAAUUCCAUGGAAGUUGGUCCUCAAAGAGAUCUAGUUGGAGAACUUAUGACAGCCAUAAGGACAAAAACAAAUCUACAUUUCGGUUUGUAUCACUGUCUGUAUGAAUGGCUCAACCCUCUGUACAUUAAUGAUAAAGCGAAUAACUGGAAGUCAUAUGAUUUCGUUAGGACUAAAGCUAUGCCUGCCCUUUAUGAGAUAGUUAAUAAAUACCAACCUGAUAUUGUAUGGUCUGACGGGGAUUAUGAAGCUCCUGACACAUACUGGGGAUCUACCGAGUUUCUAGCAUGGCUUUAUAAU